AUGGACCUAUUAUUGUCAAUAUUUGGAUCAUGCCUUCCAUGCCUUCCACCACUAUCUACACCCUCAAUCAAAUUCAACAAUGCUAACUAUAAAAUUGUGAGACUUUUAGGUGAAGGGGGGUUUUCAUAUGUUUACUUAGUACAUCUGUCCUCACAAUCACCUUAUGCAUUGAAACAAAUUAAUUGCCCCUAUGGAACCCAAGAUGAAACCUACAAAAAUGCUAUACGGGAAAUUAAGAAUUAUCAUCGAUUUGCUAACACGAAAACACCAUACAUUAUUCAAUCCAUUGAUGAGUCAAUUGUCACCAACCCUGAUGGUGUGAGACAUGUUUAUAUUUUACUACCGUAUUUUACCAAGUCAGUACAAGAUAUCUUAACUGAACAUGUACUUAAUGGAACCAAAAUGGAAGAGCUGGAGAUCCUCAAAAUUUUUGUUGGUGUAUGCCGUGGAUUAAGGAUUAUGCAUAAUCACAAACAAGUGUCUCGAAACACAGCUAGACUUGAUGAUGAUGACGAAGAGGAGGGUCUUUUGCAAGAUGAAGAAGACGAAGAACAAGUGGCGGCUGCAGCGACAGCCACAACAGGGGACGGCUCCACAGAAAUGGAGGAAUUAGUGCCCUAUGCCCACCACGAUAUCAAGCCUGCAAAUGUAAUGAUUUCAGCAGAAGGAUUACCAGUAUUGGUAGAUUUAGGGUCUUGCUCAAGAGCAAGAUACCACGUCCGUACCCGACAACAAGCUUUAGCAUUGACCAAUUUCGCACAAGAACAUUGUACAUUACCAUAUAGAGCACCAGAGUUGUUAGACGUUGCUACUGGUUCUCAAAUAACCGAAGCAACCGAUAUUUGGUCAGUGGGGUGUUUGUUGUACAGUUGUUGUUUUGGAUACUCACCGUUCGAAAAAUUGGAGAUGGAUCAAGGUGCCAAUUUACAUGUUGCUAUUGGUCUGGGGAGGUAUCAAAUUCCAAAAGACUAUAAUGGAUAUAGUAAGGAAUUGAUUGGAUUGAUAAAGAAAUGUUUACAAGUUGAUGCUGCAGAAAGGCCAACCGCGGAUGUGUUACUAGAUGAAGCUUUGGAUAUAAGUAGUAAGCUAACGGUGUAG